AUGGAAGAACUAUGUAAAAAAUUCUACACGAAACUGUUUGCAUCAUGUAUAGACGUAGCAGCACCCGAAAUUCUAACCACCAAGAAACACACUCCCCCUGUGCGGAUCAGCGAAGUAAGAAACGCAGCUUUUCAGAUGAAAAGCGGAAAAGCUCCCGGUAACGACGGUAUCAGAAAUGAGCUCUUGAAAGCCGGUGGACACGAACUCUGGAAGGCAACCGCUAGAUUCAAUCGCUACCUGCCUGAGAAGACCACCCCUAGCAAUCGAGGAUCGUUCUGCUUCAUAAAAAGAGCGAUAAAGAAGAUCUGA